CACAUACAUGUCAGAAACACAUGCAGAUAUUUUCUUACAUUCAUAGUUGAGGAUCACAUAAAUAUGGCUGAGAAAAAUCCGGUAAAUACUAAUGAAGUAAAUGUGGAGAUUCAUACUGAACCCACGGGCAUCAGUGGUGGAAGAGGGUGGAAAAGUUGGUUAAAAAAGUAUUUCUGGGAAGGCCAGACAUUAGACUAUGAUCACAACAAGGUUGUAUCAGAGUUGUCGCCUGAUGCGUCGUUCACCGAGCGACUGUUAGUUCACCACAGACGUCUCCUAGGUAUCCUCAUCCCCAUGACAUUCUUCAUCACCUUCUGGCUGGCCAUUGUUACCAAGCACAAUCUUUGGUUCACAUUCAAGGAGAACUAUUUCAUGUCAAUUGUCAUGGUGUUUGGCUCUUUGAUUGCAGGUAUGACAAGUGAAGGUGGUGGAGCAAUAGCUUUCCCAGUGAUGACCCUGGCUUUCAACAUCCACCCAAAUGUGGCUAGAGAUUUCUCACUUAUUGUUCAAAGUUGUGGCAUGACAGCGGCAACGUUUACAAUAUUCUUCAUGAGGGUGAAAAUAGACUGGACUGCCAUUAUAAACUGCUCAAUAGGUGGCGUGUUUGGUGUUGUGUUUGGCCUUGAACUCAUCGACCCUUAUUUGGCGCCUGCGCAGAAGAAAUUUAUUUUUGUCUCAGUAUGGUUUUCCUUUGGAUUUGCGUUGUUUUUGCUGAAUCGCUACCACAAACGUAGGACAUUCCUAUCGAUUCCCCGGGUGAAUGUUUGGAAGAUAUGUUUCUUGUUAGUGACAGGAUUCUUUGGAGGUAACUUCACCGCUAUAGCAGCCAGUGGCCUGGACAUCUGCACAUUCAGCAUUCUAACCUUAGUCUUCAGAGUAACAGAGAAAACGGCCACCCCAACUUCUGUUGUCUUGAUGGGAGGUAACACCUUGUUUGCCUUUUUCUGGCGAGAUGUCAUGAUGCACGAUGGGAUACAUCCUGAUGCUUGGAACUAUCUUGUGGUGUCUGCUCCUAUUGUAGUAAUAGGGGCCCCACUUGGGUCAAUUAUCGGCACCCAUUUUCACAGACUUGUUCUGGCAACAUUUGUUUAUAUUGUUGGGACCGCGUCGCUUAUUGGGGCAUUUGCCAUUAUUUCGACCUUUGACCACUCUUCUUAUUUGUAUGUCCUUGGGUAUUAUUGCAUUCGCAUUCAUAUUGUUUCUAUCUCUAACAUUUCUUGGACAAAAACUUCUGAAAUCUGUAGAACUAGAUGAAAAUUCAACAAUUACUCCAGAUGUUCCCAAUACACCAAACCCAAUUAAUGAAAGCCUAGCUUGAACAAUAAUACUGACAGUCAAAUAAAGACACGUUUUAUCUAAUUAAAGGCUCUGAGUAAAGCUUUAACCACUAUAUUAUCGACAAUGAGAAACUGCUUUGUCAAAGGUACAGUGGUAGUUGGGAAUCCCCUAACGUACAGGACCGGUGGAAGGCUUUUCAUCGUCCUUACCAAGGCAAAUUGAGUCUAUUUGAGAUCAAGGGUG